GUUGUCUCGUUCAAUUUAUGUUAAAAGCAACUUUUGUCCAUUUCAGAAUAAUUGGUGAAAUGACAAAACAACCAUUACAUAGCCAAAUUAUUGGAUGGAAUACAUAGAGUUUGGAUUAUCUUAGAAACUGCCAAGAAUUUAUAUUCAUGAGAAAAUGUAUUUGCAUAUUCCUAGUUUUAUACGCAAACAAAUGAAAAAGAACAAAACCAAGAAUUAUAAUUUAGUUGUGGAUAAUUUAUUUCCUGCCUUUUGGUCUUUUUAAUGAGCAAAGUCUAGUUCUUUUGAUAUUCCAUGUUUUUGUGAUACUAUCACUAUGGAAAGUAAAAAUUCUCUAGCAUUGGUUCUUCUGGUUGUUUCAAUUAUUACAUGUACUUGUUUCGUAAAGGCAGGGUGUUCCACAGUGAGUUAUGACCAUAGAGCAUUGGUUAUAAAUGGCAAGAGAAGGAUUUUGCAAUCCGGUUCUAUACAUUAUCCUAGAACCACUCCUGAGGUGUGGCCCGACAUUAUUAGCAAGGCGAAAGAAGGGGGAUUGGACGUAAUUGAGACUUACGUGUUCUGGAACUAUCAUGAACCUGUUAAAGGACAGUAUUAUUUUGAAGGCAGGUUUGACCUGGUGAGGUUUGUGAAAACAGUUCAGGAAGCUGGUCUUCUGGUUCAUUUGAGGAUUGGGCCGUACGCCUGUGCUGAAUGGAACUACGGGGGAUUCCCACUUUGGUUACACUUCAUUCCUGGAAUUCAGUUUCGUACGACAAAUGGACCAUUCAAGGAGCAAAUGAAGCGUUUUCUUACAAAAAUUGUAAAUUUGAUGAAGGAAGAGAAUCUCUUUGCAUCACAAGGAGGGCCAAUCAUUCUUGCUCAGGUUGAGAAUGAAUAUGGAAAUGUUGAAGGGUCAUAUGGUAUUGCUGGAGAGUUGUAUGUUAAAUGGGCUGCAGAAACUGCUGUCGGUCUGAAUACAAGUGUACCGUGGGUGAUGUGCGCACAAGAAGACGCCCCUGAUCCAAUUUUAAAUACAUGCAACGGAUUCUACUGUGAUCGGUUUACUCCAAAUUCUCCUUCCAAACCAAAAAUGUGGACUGAGAACUAUAGUGGAUGGUUUCUUGCAUUCGGUUAUGCGGUUCCAUACCGACCUGUCGAGGACCUAGCGUUUGCUGUUGCUCGCUUUUUUCAAACAGGCGGUACUUUUCAAAACUACUAUAUGUAUUUUGGUGGAACCAACUUUGGCAAAACAGCUGGAGGCCCUUUGGUUGCAACAAGCUAUGAUUAUGAUGCUCCAAUCGAUGAGUAUGGCUUUAUUAGACAGCCGAAGUGGGGUCACCUACGCAAUUUACACAAAUCCAUAAAGCAUUGUGAAGAAUAUUUGCUUAGCUCAGAUCCAAUUCAUCAGCAGCUUGGCAAUAACUUAGAGGCACAUGUCUACUAUAAGUCUUCCAAUAAUUGUGCAGCUUUUCUUGCUAAUUAUGACAAUAGUUCGGACGCAACUGUUACUUUCCACGGAAAUUUGUACUUUCUUCCUGCUUGGUCUGUUAGCAUACUUCCAGAUUGUAAGAAUGUUAUUUUUAACUCAGCCAAGGUUGUUUCGCCAAGACAUCUUGGCGACGGAUCUUUCGCUCACUCAUCUUCUUUAAAUGAGAUCUCAUUGAAACAAACCAUGUGGAGUUGGUAUAAAGAAGAAGUGGGGAUUUGGGGUAACAAUUCAUUUACAGCUCCAGGUCUACUAGAACAGAUUCAGUCGACAAAAGAUACUAGUGAUUUCCUAUGGUACUCAACCAGCAUUAAUGUGAAUCAUCAAGAGAAAGAUGUCACUCUAAAUAUUGAGAGUUUGGGGCAUGCAGCACUAGUGUUUGUAAACAAAAGACUUGUAGCAUUUGGAUACGGCAAUCAUGAUGAUGCAAGCUUUUCACUCACUGAGAAGAUUAAUCUUAAUGAAGGAAAUAAUACAUUAGACAUUCUAAGCAUGAUGAUUGGUGUACAGAACUAUGGACCAUGGUUUGAUAUUCAAGGAGCUGGAAUUUAUUCCGUUGUGCUUCUUGGUCAAAGUGAUGUAAAGAUGGAUCUAUCUUAUGAAAAAUGGACCUAUCAGGUAGGUCUUGAAGGAGAAUACCUUGGACUGGAUAGGGCCGAUCUGGCAAAUAGUUCACUCUGGACUCGGGGGACUUCUCUACCUGUAAAUAAGAGCUUGAUAUGGUACAAGGGUACUUUUGUUGCUCCUGAAGGGAAGGGUCCUAUAGCUUUAAAUCUUGCAGGCAUGGGGAAGGGUCAGGCUUGGGUCAAUGGGCAGAGCAUAGGACGAUAUUGGAGUGCAUACCUCUCACCGUCAAAAGGUUGCACUGAUAAUUGUGAUUAUAGAGGAACUUAUGAUCCAUUCAAAUGUUUAAAAAAAUGCGGUCAGCCUGCUCAAUCACUGUAUCAUAUCCCACGGACUUGGGUUCAUCCCGGUGAAAACCUACUAGUUCUACAUGAAGAGCUUGGGGGUAACCCUUCAACCAUUUCUGCAUCAACACGAACUGGACAAGAAAUAUGUUCGAUUGUAUCAGAGGAUGAUCCCCCACCAGCUGACUCUUGGAAACCCAACUUGGAAUUCAAGUCGCUGAGCCCUGAAGUUCGGCUUAGCUGCGAACAAGGAUGGAAGAUUACGUCUGUUAAGUUCGCUAGCUUCGGCACUCCUGCUGGAAACUGUGGCACAUUCAGUCCAGGAUAUUGUCAUGCUGAUAUGUUAGACAUUGUUCAAAAGGCUUGCAUUGGUCAGGAAGUUUGUUCAAUAUCCAUAUCAGCAGCCAACCUUGGUGACCCUUGCCCUGGAUUUCUUAAAAAAUUUGCAGUUGAAGCUCUUUGCAGCGAGUAAUUCUGAGGAUUAUAUGUUUAGCACUCAUGAAUUUCUGUACCAUGUCGAAAUUUAAAUCUAUUAGUCAUUUCUUGAUUACAGUUUAUUCCUUAA